AUGAUCGUUCGAAUCCAAGGUCCGUGUCGUGCCAUGAUGGUCAGCUCAUCCUUCCGUCGGCUAUGCUUGUCCCGCCACCAAGCAAAUUCCGGCCCAGAGGCGAAAAAUCAGACUGACCCCGGGUCUUUCGACGACUUUGUCGACACACUGAAGGCUAGUACAGCCGCGAAGCAUCAGACUUUUGCUGAAAUGUUUAGGCAUUCCAAGUUUGCCCAGCUCGGCGACUUCGAUGGGCGAAUGGUUACCGGGAAAAUUGUUCAUCGUGUUGCGGAUGACCUGUACAUUGAUGUUGGCCUAAAAUUCAAUGCCGUUUGCAAAGCGCCGGCUCAAGAUGGAGACGAUUAUACUGUUGGCUCGAGGGUGCUGUUACGACUUCACGCCUAUGAAUUGAGUGAACGCUUCCUGGGAUCCAAGAAGGAUUUGACGCUUUUGGAAGCCGAUGCAACGCUGGUGCGCCUUUUGCGAUUCAAGAAGAGGGUCGAUAAAGGCGACGAAACAACUGCAAAAGAUUCUACUACGAGGCGCGGGCCCACUUUUCCGGUUUCCCAAGCAACAACUGGCGAAGCUCCAGCAAAUCCAAUAGAUAUCCCUAGGACA